GUCCAGCCCAGCAAAGCACCGAGACAGAGAGCGGGAGAGAGACAGCAGUCCCCUCCAUUUCCAACUCCCAAUACCAUAGGAGGCAAGAAAACUCACAAAAAAGACAUCAUUUUCAUCCUCUCUUUCUGUCUCUCCAGGGCUUUCCUUCUUUGAAGCAAAGCAAGCGUAAUACUAGUGGUGUGACAACUGCUAAUGGCAGGGUACAGAGCCGAAGAUGACUAUGAUUACCUGUUCAAGGUUGUACUUAUUGGCGACUCAGGUGUGGGCAAGUCCAAUCUUCUUUCAAGAUUCACUCGUAAUGAGUUCAGUUUGGAGUCGAAGUCUACUAUUGGUGUUGAGUUCGCUACUCGCAGCUUGAAUGUUGAUUCCAAGGUCAUUAAGGCCCAGAUUUGGGACACUGCUGGCCAAGAAAGGUACCGUGCCAUAACUAGUGCUUAUUACCGGGGAGCAGUGGGUGCAUUGCUUGUGUAUGAUGUUACCCGGCACUCAACAUUUGAAAAUGUUGAAAGGUGGCUAAGGGAGUUGAGGGAUCAUACAGAUCCUAACAUUGUUGUCAUGCUCAUUGGCAAUAAAUCAGAUCUUCGCCACCUGGUGGCUGUCUCAACUGAGGAUGGAAAAUCCUUUGCUGAGAGGGAGUCCCUCUACUUCAUGGAAACAUCUGCUUUGGAAGCAACUAAUGUUGACAAUGCAUUUGCUGAAGUUCUUAAUCAGAUCUAUCGUAUCGUGAGCAAGAAAGCUAUGGAGACAGGUGACAAUGCAGCAGCUUCAGCUGUUCCAUCCAAAGGUGAGAAAAUCGACGUCAAUAAAGAUGUUUCCGCUAUGAAGACGGUAGGGUGCUGUUCAAGCUAGGAUUUUAAUCCGACUAUUAUAUUUGUUUAGGAGAUGUAGCUGGUUUGAUAUGCUGCGUCUGUUUAAAUGCACACCAUUAUUGUGUAAAAGUUUCUCAAAGAUGCCAACCAUAGGAGAUCGGCGGAUUGCUUUUAUUUUGAUCUUGAGCCUUUUCUUCUACUGUUCUAGUUGACAAAGAGCUUGAUUAGCAAUGAAGUAUUACACUUAUCGUUAUCAAACCUGUACUUAUUUUUUAUA